ACAACAAAAUUACAGUGGCCUCUGCUGGUUUAAACUUUUAAAAAAUGAGGUGAAGGCAAUGAAAAUAACACACACCGUACAAUGGUCUUUCUCGUCUCUCUUAAGUCUCCUCUUCUCCCCCCUAAAGAAACAUUAAAUGAUUGUGUGAUAAACCAGCCCCGAAAGGAAUGUAGAGCAGGAGCAACAGAUUGUACAUCAGCAAAAGAAAAUGCCAAGCAAAAUAAAGCACUUUGCAAUGCAGAGAUGUGAAGAGGAGAGAAAGAUGGGAUUGUUACAAUGGCCUCCAAGAAAACAGCAGCUAUCCACAUGAAUGUUCAAGUUCAAAUUGUUCCUACCAACCCAAUUUGCUGGCAAAAAUGCCAAAUACAAUACCACCCCACUUUCACUUAUGUCCAGAGCUUUUCAUAUAAGCCGCAGGGGACGUCCCCUUUUGUUAUGUGGGUCAGUACCUGCAUCUCUGAGCUUCAGGACCCAGGUCAUGUGGCCCACAAUUUUCCUCAGCUGACCUGCUUUCAGGUGGUGGCCCAGCAGUUAGCGGCCCAGAUAUUAAGACCCCAGUGCUCUGUCACCUGGAAGGUGAAUCUUCAGCCGUCUCUUUCCUUUCUUUUCACUGCCAUUCAUACUUGCCACACACAAAUAUCCUUUAAAACUAUUAGCACUUUUCUUUGAAAUGGGUUUUUAGCAAUCUCAAGGUAUGUGUGCAGACUCGGCAACCCCUUUACAUGUUUGCACGAGGAUCUUGAUGGUUCACUAAUUCACUGCUCUGAGUUAGCUUUGGAAUGUGAUUCAAUGUUAUUUCCCUUCCAGAUGAAGGGCAGCUGAGGUUACAAAGAGAUUUGACUAAUAGGCCAAAACCCAGUUAGGUUUGCUGAGAACCGAAUGACAGCAAAGGGGGAGGGGAAUAGAGGAAGGGAGUGUGUGAACUGUGGGGCUGAGGAUCAGUCCGAGGGCCUUGUGACCAGUGCAUCCCAGUGAGACCGUAGUGGACCGGCAAGACGGCCCCCACCAGCCCUUGUAGAGAGCAGCAGCCGCUCAGCUGCCGUGUUUCCCGAGAGCUCCUUGGGUUUAUAGGGCUGGAGCCGGGGAAGCUUCUGGGCUUCCUGCAGCACAGAGGCCUCUCCUUACCUGUCACCUUUGGAUAGCUGGCCUCUGGAGGACCCUUCUAAGAGGCCGGCAAAGGGGAGCCCUGCUUCUCUGCCUGAAGCCCUGAACAGCUAGACAAGCCCUUGACAAACUUUGACAGGCACCAAAAGAGGAUUGAGAACAAAUAGAUCAGAAGAAGAGGAAAAGCCCAUGCUAAAACCUCGAUGGCUUUUUUCCCCUGCUGUCGUUCCAGCUGUAGCCUGGGAUUAAUUAAGUGCUGUGAAGUCAGUGCCUGAGAGAGAAGGGGAAAAAAAAUGCAUUCUCUCUCUAAGGAAGGAGUACAGUAACAGUUCCCACCAGUGAGAAACCUUGGGAAGGGAAUCGCCCUCGUCGCCAGUGUUUGUGCAGAGACUGGAGGGACAGGGCGGCUGCGCCAGGCUGGAGGACGCUUGCCUUUCCGGAGCUGGAGAGGAUUUUACGGGGCUUCGCCUUCCCCUGCCUGGGAAGAAUUUCCCCUCGGGUGGUGGCAGCAGCCGCGGCAGGGAACAGGGCAGAAUGCCUGUGCUGGAGCGCUGUUGCCACUCGGCGGAGCUAGGCAGGAGGUGGACAGCCCCAGAGGGGGUGCUGCCCUCCUCCGUGGGCAGCCGGCUGGGGUGCCAGCAGGGGCCGCUGCCCUGGAACUUGCCAGAGAUGAUCAGGAUGGUAAAGCUGGUUUGGAAAUCCAAAAGUGAGCUGCAAGCGGCUAAACAGAGAGGCAUUCUGGAGAAUGAAGAUGCUCUGCACAGCUUCCCAGGAGAUGUACGACUAAGGGGUCAGACGGGGGUUCCUGCUGAACGCCGUGGCUCCUACCCAUUCAUUGACUUCCGCCUACUUAACAACACAACAUACUCAGGGGAAAUUGGCACCAAGAAAAAGGUGAAAAGACUGUUAAGCUUUCAAAGAUACUUCCAUGCAUCAAGGCUGCUUCGUGGAAUUAUACCGCAAGCCCCUCUCCACCUGCUGGAUGAAGACUACCUUGGACAAGCAAGGCAUAUGCUCUCCAAAGUGGGAAUGUGGGAUUUUGACAUUUUCUUGUUUGAUCGCUUGACAAAUGGAAACAGCCUGGUAACACUGCUGUGCCACCUCUUCAACGCCCAUGGACUCAUUCACCAUUUCAAAUUAGAUAUGGUGACCUUACAUAGGUUUUUAGUCAUGGUACAAGAAGAUUACCAUAGUCAAAACCCGUAUCACAAUGCUGUUCACGCAGCUGAUGUCACCCAGGCCAUGCACUGCUACCUGAAGGAGCCAAAGCUCGCCAGCUUCCUCACGCCUCUGGAUAUCAUGCUUGGACUGCUGGCUGCAGCAGCACAUGAUGUUGACCACCCAGGGGUGAACCAGCCAUUUUUGAUCAAAACUAACCACCACCUCGCCAAUCUGUACCAGAAUAUGUCUGUGCUGGAGAAUCACCACUGGCGAUCUACAGUUGGCAUGCUUCGAGAAUCAAGGCUUCUUGCUCACUUGCCAAAGGAAAUGACACAGGAUAUUGAACAGCAGCUGGGCUCCUUGAUCUUGGCAACAGACAUCAACAGGCAGAAUGAAUUUUUGACCAGAUUGAAAGCACACCUCCACAAUAAAGACUUAAGAUUGGAGGACGUACACGACAGGCACUUUAUGCUUCAGAUUGCCUUGAAGUGUGCUGAUAUUUGCAAUCCUUGUAGAAUCUGGGAGAUGAGCAAGCAAUGGAGUGAAAGGGUGUGUGAAGAAUUCUACAGGCAAGGUGACCUUGAACAGAAAUUUGAACUGGAAAUCAGUCCACUCUGUAAUCAGCAGAAAGAUUCAAUCCCUAGUAUACAAAUUGGUUUCAUGACCUACAUCGUGGAGCCGCUCUUCCGGGAAUGGGCCCGCUUCACCGGGCACAGCGCCCUGUCUGAGAACAUGCUGAGCCACCUCUCACACAACAAAGCCCAGUGGAAGAGCCUACUGCCCACGCCACACAGAGGCCACGGCAGCGCGGGCGGCGGGGGCCAAGGGCCUGGGGGCGCAGAGCAGACUGUGCCCGAAGGCAGCGCCCCGUAGCGCCCGCCAGGCCCGCCCCUGCUCGGCACACUGCGAGGAGGAGAACCCCCUUGGGCAGAGGCCUCGUGGGAGGAUGGGCUUCCUGCCGAUGAACCCAGCCGCUCCGGAGCUGCGUCCUGGGGCUCUUCGGAGUGCCGUCCUCCUCCUACUUACUGGCCUCCCCUCCUUUUUCCAAGUGUACAGAAGCCAUUCGUCACCUCAGCAUUAGCUGCCGCAACGAGCAACUUCAUUCAGGAACGUGGGAGCUGAUUCCAGGGACAGGCCUGCCCCUCACCGAGAAGACUGGGGAGUAAGAAAGAGGUGCUUCUGCCAUGUCCCCCCGGGGCCCUGGGUCGCACUGUGACAGGCAACAGUUCCUACGUUCGGAGCAUUCUAGCGUCCACCAUUUGACUGCUGAUCUGCAUGACAAAAACACCAGCAUAUUUGGAACUCCAAGGACUUUGGUCUUAUGUGCAAGAGCACACAUGAGAGCGUGAGAGAAAGUACCUUCUAUUUUAAUAAUAAUUAUUAUUAUAAAAAUAAUAAUAAAUCUUUUUAACUUUUAUAUUUUAUGCACUAGACAAUGGAUCUAAAACUCUGGACUAAGAUUACUCAAUGUACCCAAACUUGAACAGGGGGUUCAUUGUUUUGUUACAGACCUUAUGCCACUUUGGGUCAGAGAUUUGGCAUCUUCUCAAUUUAAGAAACCACGUUUCCUAUCCAAUCCGAGGGGAAGGUGCUGUACAGUUCAUUCCUUUGCACCAUUAGCCGAUCUGUCUUUUAUCCUAACUCAGAUUCAGUGACAUGUUCAUAUUCACACAUGUACAUUUCCUGUAAAUACCAAGCGCUACUGAUUCCCAUGCCAAAAUACAUGAGUAUUAUGGGAUUGCUACCUGUAUACACAAUGGCACUGUGAACAGAAUACUGUUAGUUUUAAUACAAGAGAAUGCAUUUGUAAAUGUGGUAUAGAGUUUAUUAAUAUACUAUUGUUUGCAGAUAAAGGCCUUAACUUUAAACAUCUUUCAUCUUCUGAAAGCUGCCCAACUUAGAUCCUCACAGAUACCCUUCUGAACUGCCUUCCCAUGUCCAUCUUUAUGCUUUCCAAAUGCAAACCAAAACUGAAUAGUCUUUGAGGAAAUAUUUUGGAAACUUCACAUACAUUCCGCUUGAGACCGUAGUGUUUACUCUAUGGCACCAAGCAUCGUUUCCUCAGAUUAAUGAGACCCUUUGGCAAGCCUGAAGUCACUUUUCAACACAACAGUGUUGCACACUGCUUUAACAAGCCACCAGAUAAGCUUGCAUUUAUGUGACUGUUGUUAUGGAACAUGGCUGUGUGUCAACCUUACAGGAGACAUAGCAGGUCUCAAAAACCUUCUAUGACCCUGUCAUCUAACCAUCAGGGAAUUCCCUGCUCCCUAUCACGCUUUUGUCUGUUAUGGCUACAGUACCAAAGUACCUUUGGUUUUUGGUUGGCGUGCAUUUCUUUGGUGUUAAUACUAACUGGAUUUUUCUUUUUCCUAAUUUCAUGUGAAAAACUACCCAACUGUUUAGUGGAAGUUAACAUUAUUUAAGUGAAGAAAAUAUUUCAGUUUUCUGACAGAACUUACCUUCCUGGCAGGUCACUGUGGUUAUUUAUGGCUCUAACUAGCAAAGUCACCUUGGAAUUUUGUUAUCAUUUUUUUCUGCAGACACUUGGUCACAAUAUUAAUUUGUUAGAGCAUUCUUCUCUAACCAGCUAAGCUCUGUGCACUGAACAUUUUCUUUAGAAGUUCUAGCAUAACUUAUGUUAGAUGAAAAUUGGUGAUGCCCCAUUCUUUUUACCUUAAACAAUGUGAUAGCAGGAGAAUGACAUGAUCCUUUCUGCCACUGUUAAGUUGUUUCUCAAGUUGAUAGAAUGACAGCUGACUCGUGUUUCCCAAGUGCAACUUUUUUUUCUCUGAAUAUAUGAAUGAAAUGUUAGAAACUUGAUUGGAUUGUAAUAAGUUCCUGUAGAGAGAUUGAGGUUUGCAGAGUUAAAGUAUAGGGGAAAUGUUGGAAAGUUGGUUAUAUUUUCAUUAAAGUAGAAGAGAUUGUCAGGUGGCAGUAAAGAAAGUGUGGAAAACCUCAUGAAAUGGGUGGGUCAUAGGUUGAAAUUGUUGAUAUGGGUAAGAAGGAAGUUGUGAAAACCUUACACUAACUCUUUGUUCUUUUUCUGUAACAACUAUGAACUGACAUGAUUCUUUAUUGCUUUAAUCCUCUGAAAUUCUGUUUGGUGAGGACCCAAAAGAGAAUAUGUUGAAUGUAUUUCUGCUUCCAAAUCUCUUACUUUGGUUUGAUGAUACAGAGAGAGGGCUUUUGAGUAGUCUAUUUUGAACAGACAUGAGAUCAAAUGAAGGAAAGCAUUUGGGGGUGUAGAGAUAAGAAAGAAGAUGCUAUUUUAGCUACUGGGGCCUCUACCUUGAGUUUAGGAAAUGGACUUUGUUGAAAUUAUAUUUAUAUUGUAACUUAAAUAAAUAAAUAAGGCUUGAGGAAUUUUUAGUAGUUCCAAGUUUAGAGAACAGAAGUGUUUAUGUUACAAUUAGGUCUUGAAAAAGAGCUCAUAGAGAAAACUACUAAAUAUCCAAUGGUUAAGGCUCUGAAACAGCUACUAGUAAAAUAAAAAUCUGAAGUAAAAUGAGACACAAUGCAUAAACUAGAGGCAUUUAUGCCCUCUCAACUAUCUGGAGACUUCUUGAGUUCCUCAUUUUUUGGCAAAAAGAGAAAGAGAAUGGGACAACUUUUUCUUCUUGCCUACUGGUGGCUCUCUUACAAUAUAUUUCAAUAGGAGUCCAUUACUAGUUAAGAAACAGCCGUUGCAUCAUCUAUGGACUUUAUCUUUACAUUUCUUCUUCUCCUAAUCCGUGGACCAUCAAUAGCCGACUUAUCAAGUUUAAUUGUUAUUGCUUGAGAAGAAAGGAGUCAAAGGGCUACUUUUAGGAAGCAAAAUAAAGAUUAAAUUAAGAGAGAAGAGAAUAUAUAUCACUGCCAGUCCUGAUAGGCAAAGCCUGAUUUUCCUUUUAACAUCCGUGAAUAGUUAGAACGUUGUUCAUGAAACCCUGACGUACGCAUAACUCCCUGCUAGGCUGAGUAAAAAUCCUGCUAUUUCUACCUGCUUUAUGGCUUCCUGCAAAGGGACUUGGAGUGUGUCCUGCAACGCUGUCUUCAGGUAGUGCUUCGUACAAAACACAGACUUGUUUGUAGCCUUUUCUCAUAUUGAAUCAGAAACGCUCACUGAUUUGAAUUUGGUUAUAAGCUUGUAUUACACUGUAUUUCUUAUGCUUUGUUCCUUUAAGCAAAUCCUUAAAAUUGUGCUGUUUUGUGUACACGUGAGGUUUGAAGAAAAACCACCUUGUGAGUUUUGCUCAAAAUGUGGCCUAAAUACCCACUGGCAUGUCUAGAUGAACAAUUAAAAAUAAAGAGAAUUUCUUAAAACUCU